AUGCUGUGCCGCGACCUGAAAGCGCAAGAUGUAGAGCAGUACAUCGUAAGGCUGAUAAACACGGUGCGCGCAGGUGAUAAGAUAAUGCGCAAUUUUAGCGAACAGGAUAUAAUCACGAUCCUGCACAGUGUCCAGGAUGUGUAUGCCAAGGAACCAAUUAUGCUUGAAUUAGAGUUACCCACCAACGGGUUAAUUGUAGUAGGAGAUCUGCAUGGCGACAUAAAUUCGAUGCUGCGCAUAUUACUAACCAACGGUUUCCCGCCACAGACCAACUACUUGUUCUUAGGUAAUUCCGAAUCAUCAUUUUUCGACAGUUUUUUUACUAAAAUUGAUGGUGGAUUUUACUUCGGCGGCAUUAGGCUGUUCACUAGCCGAAAUAUUUAA